CAUAUCUUUGCGCCUGUAACUUCACCUUGACCUCCUCAAUCAACCCCGAAGUACACACACUCAUAUUUGAACACAAACACAACAAUUACAAUGUCGGAAUCUCAACUUCAUCACGCUGGCUUCAAGUUCACUCCUACUAUCCACAAUGAUACCUACGACUUCAUCUCUACUAAAACACAGAACCUGAAAGGCAAGCGUGUGUUCUUGACUGGUGCUUCCAAAGGCAUUGGUAAGGAAACGGCUCUAUCCUUCGCUCGGGCUGGUGCCUCUAGCAUCGCACUGGGUGCCCGUAGCUCUCUCUCGGACCUCGCUUCUGAGGUAGAGAAAGCAGCAAAGGAUGCUGGACAUGGCGCGCCCAAGGUCAUCAGCAUCAAGCUAGACGUCACGGACGUAUCAAGCACCGAGGAGGCAGCCAGGACUAUCAAGAGCGAGUUCCGCGGUCUUGACUUCCUUUUCAACAAUGCCGGAUAUCUCGAGGACUUCAAGAAGAUUACUGAGAGUGACCCUGAUGAGUGGUGGAAGACACAGGAGGUCAACAUCAAGGGCCCCUACUUGGUCGCUCGUGCGUUCAUUCCCGUUCUGCUGGACACAAAGGAUGGCGACAAGACUAUCAUCAACACCAGCUCCAUCGGUGCUCACGUCAUCAUGCCCGGUGCUAGCUCUUACCAAUCCACCAAGCUCUCCCUUCUCAGACUCGGCGAGUUCAUCCAGGCAGAGUAUGCUGAUCAGGGUAUCCUCUGCUACGGUAUUCACCCCGGAGGCGUUAUGACCGAGCUGGCUAGCAGGAUGCCCAAGGAAAGCCACCACGUGCUUUGCGAUCAACCACAGCUGGCUGCUGACACGGUUGCUUGGCUUGUCAACGAGAAGAGGGAAUGGCUUGCCGGCAGAUACGUCAGCGUCACUUGGGACAUGAAGGAGUUUUUGGAGAAGAAGGAUGAGAUUGUGAAGAAGGAUUUGCUAAAGGUCCGUAUGCUUGUAGAGUGAGCACUAUUAUACUACUACUCUCAGUAGUCGGGUUCGUAAUCAUAUACAAAUAAAAUUUCCACCAAUCUUGAAUUGUGG